CGUUGACAAGUGGAUCCAAGAUGGCGUAGAAAGUAAUGACAGGAAUUGGAUGAAGUAAUUCAUCACUAAUGAACUACCGUGCCGGGGGAUGUGCAAGAAAUUAUAAAAAGAUCUGAUGGGCUAUUUGGGUGAUACCCAGUGCAGUGAACUGCAGCACCAAGGAUGUCAUGCCAGUUUGUACUGCUAGCAAAUACAGAUUUUCCUCUUGGACUGAUUUUUGUCCCUGAGUCAUGGAAGACAGAAGAGCCGAGAAGUCAUGUGAAGAAGCGUGUGAGUCACUGAAGAGGCAGGACUAUGACAUGGCCCUCCAGCACUGCACAGAGGCCCUGCUUUCUCUUGGCCAGUACUCCAUGGCAGACUUUGCAGGGCCAUGUCCCCUGGAGAUAGAGCACAUCAAAAUUGAGAGUCUUCUUUAUAGAAUUGCCUCAUUCUUGCAACUGAAAAACUACGGGCAAGCUGAUGAAGAUUGUAGGCAUGUGCUGGGGGAAGGACUGGCCAAAGGAGAGGGUGCCUUCCGGGCAGUGCUGUGCUGCAUGCAGCUGAAAGGGAAGCUCCAGCUUGUGUCCUCCAUCCUUGCCAAGUCACUGUCAGGAGAGUCUCUGAAUGGGAUGGUAACAAAAGAUUUGACAAGACUGAAGACGCUUCUCAUGGAGACAGAGACAGCUACAAGUAGUGUUCUCUCUGGAUGUCAUGUGGAAGACUUAGAUGAAGGGUCUUGUAACGGUUGGCAUUUUCGUCCGCCACCCAGGGGAAUCACAAGCAGCGAGGAAUAUACUUUGUGUAAAAGGUUUUUAGAGCAAGGAAUUUGUAGGUAUGGUGCCCAGUGUACUUCAGCACAUUCCCAGGAAGAAUUAGCAGAGUGGCAGAAAAGAUACGCCUCACGUUUAAUAAAACUGAAGCAGCAAAAUGAGAAUAAACAGCUCUCAGGCAGCUACAUGGAAACCUUGAUUGAAAAGUGGAUGAGCUCACUGUCUCCUGAGAAAGUGCUCAGCGAGUGCAUAGAGGGAGUUCAGGUGGAGCACAGCCCUGACCUGUCGGUCACCGUCAACACCAAAAAAUCCCACCAGACAUGGACCUUUGCUCUGACCUGUAAGCCUGCAAGAAUGCUGUAUCGGGUAGCAUUGCUUUAUGAUGCUCAUCGUCCUCAUUUUAGUAUCAUUGCCAUAUCUGCCGGAGAUAGUACUACCCAGGUAUCACAAGAAGUCCCCGAAAACUGUCAAGAAUGGAUAGGAGGAAAGAUGGUCCAAAAUGGAUUAGAUCAUUACGUGUAUAAAGUCGGGAUAGCAUUUAACACAGAAAUAUUUGGAACUUUUCGCCAAACCAUAGUUUUCGACUUUGGAUUGGAGCCAGUACUCAUGCAAAGAGUAAUGAUUGAUGCAGCUUCUACAGAAGAUCUUGAGUACCUGAUGCAUGCAAAGCAGCAACUGGUGACCACAGCCAAGCGCUGGGAUGCUUCCUCUAAGACUAUCGUAGAUUUUGAACCUAAUGAAACUACUGAUUUGGAGAAGAGCCUUCUGAUCAGAUACCAAAUUCCUCUUUCUGCUGACCAGCUGUUUACACAGUCCGUUUUAGACAAAUCAUUGACCAAGGCAAACUAUCAGUCACGGUUGCAUGACCUGCUUUAUAUUGAGGAGAUAGCCCAGUAUAAAGAAGUCAGCAAGUUCAACCUUAAAGUGCAAUUGCAGAUUUUAGCAAGCUUCAUGCUCACUGGAGUUUCUGGGGGUGCAAAGUAUGCUCAGAAUGGACAACUUUUUGGUCGUUUUAAGCUUACUGAAACCCUUUCUGAAGAUACUUUGGCUGGACGACUGGUGAUGACCAAAGUCAAUGCUGUUUAUUUAUUACCAGUCCCUAAAGAGACGCUAGUACAGAACCAGGGAACCAAAGAGAAGGUUUAUGAAGCUACUAUUGAAGAAAAAACAAAAGAUUAUAUAUUUUUAAGGAUAUCCAGGGAAUGCUGUGAAGAGCUUAAUCUUCGGCCUGACUGUGACACACAGGUUGAACUUCAGUUUCAGUUGAAUCGACUACCCCUCUGUGAAAUGCAUUAUGCACUAGACAGAAUUAAGGACAAUGAUGUUUUAUUUCCAGACAUCAGUAUGACUCCUACCAUACCUUGGAGUCCCAACAGACAGUGGGAUGAGCAGUUAGAUCCUCGACUAAAUGCAAAACAGAAAGAAGCUGUUCUAGCCAUCACCACUCCUCUCUCCAUCCAGCUGCCGCCUGUUCUCAUCAUCGGACCCUACGGGACAGGCAAAACCUUCACUCUGGCUCAGGCCGUCAAGCACAUCCUGCAGCAGCAGGAGACCAGCAGGAUUCUCAUUUGCACCCAUUCUAAUAGUGCUGCUGACCUCUACAUAAAGGAUUAUUUACAUCCAUAUGUAGAAGCAGGCAAUCCCCAGGCAAGACCUCUCAGGGUGUAUUUUCGAAACCGCUGGGUGAAGACUGUCCACCCGGUUGUGCAUCAGUACUGUUUGAUCGCAAGCGCACACUCCACCUUCCAGAUGCCCCAGAAGGAAGACAUCCUUAAACAUCGAGUGGUGGUGGUCACACUGAAUACUUCCCAGUACCUCUGCCAGCUGGACCUUGAACCCGGGUUCUUUACGCACAUUCUGUUAGAUGAAGCUGCCCAGGCCAUGGAGUGUGAGACCAUUAUGCCUCUAGCCUUAGCAACUAAGAACACACGGAUUGUUUUGGCUGGUGAUCAUAUGCAGCUCAGUCCUUUUGUUUACAGCGAGUUUGCCAGGGAGAGAAACCUUCAUGUUUCGUUACUUGACCGACUCUACGAGCAUUACCCUGCCGAGUUUCCAUGCAGGAUCCUCCUCUGUGAGAACUACCGCUCCCAUGAAGCUAUCAUCAACUAUACCUCUGAGCUUUUCUAUGAGGGUAAACUGAUGGCCAGUGGAAAGCAGCCAGCACACAAGGACUUCUACCCACUAACGUUUUUUACAGCACGAGGGGAAGAUGUACAAGAAAAAAAUAGCACAGCUUUUUAUAACAAUGCAGAGGUAUUUGAAGUGGUGGAACGUGUAGAAGAGCUAAGAAGGAAGUGGCCAGUAGCAUGGGGGAAGUUAGAUGACGGCAGUAUUGGUGUGGUGACUCCAUAUGCCGAUCAGGUGUUUAGGAUACGUGCUGAACUUCGGAAAAAGAGACUCUCCGAUGUGAAUGUAGAAAGGGUGCUAAAUGUUCAAGGAAAGCAAUUCAGAGUUCUGUUUCUUAGCACAGUGCGUACACGCCACACUUGCAAGCAUAAGCAGACGCCAAUUAAAAAGAAAGAACAACUUCUGGAAGACUCCACUGAGGACUUAGAUUAUGGUUUUUUAUCUAACUACAAACUUCUCAAUACUGCCAUCACAAGAGCACAGUCCCUGGUUGCUGUCGUGGGAGACCCCAUUGCUCUGUGCUCUAUCGGAAGGUGUAGGAAGUUUUGGGAACGAUUUAUUGCCCUGUGUCAUGAAAAUCAUAGUCUACACGGGAUCACAUUUGAACAGAUCAAGGCCCAGCUAGAGGCUUUAGAACUCAAGAAGACAUAUGUGUUGAAUCCACUGGCUCCUGAAUUUAUCCCUCGGGCUUUACGACUGCAGCACUCAGGAAACAGCAGCAGACAGCAGCAGUCACCACCCAAGGGAAAAAGCCUUCAUCAUCCUCAGAGUGACCAUUUCCAGAAUGAUGGCAUUGUUCAACCCAAUCCUUCUGUACUUAUUGGCAAUCCUAUUAGAGCAUAUACUCCUCCACCCCCUCUUGGACCUCACCCAAGUUUGGGAAAAUCUCCAAGCCCCGUUCAAAGAAUAGAUCCUCACACUGGGACAAGUAUUCUUUAUGUACCUGCUGUCUAUGGAGGGAAUGUAGUCAUGUCGGUGCCUUUGCCUGUACCAUGGACAGGAUACCAGGGUAGGUUUGCAGUUGAUCCUCGGAUUAUUACACACCCAGCAGCGUUGGCCUACAAUAUGAACCUGUUACAUCCACAUGGACGUGGGUCACCGAUCCCUUAUGGCCUUGGACAUCACCCACCUGUCAACAUAGGGCAGCCGCAGAAUCAGCAUGCAGAGAAGGAUCAACAAGAGCAAAGUCGAAAUGGUAAAACUGAUACAAGUAACCCUGGACCGGAAAUUAAUAAGAUCCGAACACCAGAGAAAAAGCCUACAGAGCUCAAACAGCGAGACUCGGCCCCUCCUUUCUUGUGGAGUGCUCAGCUUUGUCCUGGCUCCUCAGUGGCUCUUCUCAAGCCUGUUACCUCAUGGUGUGGAGAUGACUGCUCUAGAUGCACCACCACCACCACCAAGGUUGAUUUGGAAUCAAAUGCACAGAACAGAAGUCCUGAAUCCCGUCCCAGCGUUGUUUAUUCCAAUACCAAAUUUCCUCGAAAAGAUAAUCUCAACCCAAGACACAUAAAUCUUCCUCUUCCUGCACCACACACACAGUAUGCAAUCCCUAGCCGCCAUUUUCAUCCGCUUCCUCAGCUACCCAGGCCACCAUUUCCUAUUCCCCAGCAGCAUACUUUGUUAAAUCAGCAACAGAAUAAUUUGCCUGACCAACCAAAUCAGGUGGCAGCCCAGCCAAAUCAGGUGGCACCCCAGCCAAAUCAGGUGGCACCCCAGCCAAAUCAGGUGGUCCAGCAACAAAGCCAGGCACCUCCACAGGCCCCGCAGCCACCUCCUCAACUCUCUCCUGCAUUUCAGGCGGGGCCCACCAAUGCAUUUUUCAAUAAUGCAGUUGCUCACCGACCACAGUCUCCUCCUGCUGCAGAGGCUGUGGUUCCCGAGCAGCAGCCAUCUCCCGUGCUUCCUGAUGGUCACAGUCCACUGAGAGCCAUCACACAGUCUGGUCCCAUCCUAGCGUCACCUCUGAACAACUUUGUUGAUGAGAACUCCCCAGGAUUGCCUACAGGAGAAGCUUUGGAUCGAGUACAUGGAAGUGUAGCUCUGGAGACACUGAGGCAGCAGCAGGCGCGGCUACAGCAGUGGAGUGAGCACCAUGCCUAUCUCAGCCAGGGCAGCAUCCCGUAUCCACACCAUCCCCAUCCUCACCUCCCGCAUCUUCCCCAGCCACCCAUUGGCCUCCACCAGCCACCAGUGAGGGCAGAGUGGAAACUGGCCAGCAGAGUUGACGAUGAAAUGGAGACAACGUUCUCGAGGUUUCAGGACUUACUCAGAGAGCUGUCUCAUCGUGAUCAAGGUGACACUCGAGAGCUAGCUGAAAUGCCACCACCUCAAUCAAGACUUUUGCAAUACAGACAAGUUCAGACUAGAAGCCCACCAGCAGUCCCGUCUCCCCCUUCCAGCACAGACCGCAGUAGCCACUUUUCUAACUGUAAUGACAACAGCAGAGACAUUGAAGUAGCCAACAGCCCAGCAUUCCCACAGCGCCUCACACCUCAGCUCUUCGGCUCCCCCUUUUCGCUGCCAUCUGAACACCUUGCUCCAUCUCCCCUGAAAUACCUGGCUCCUGAAGGAGCAUGGAAUUUUGCUAACUUGCAACAGAAUCAUUUAAUAGGGCCGGGCUUUCCCUAUGGCCUACCUCCAUUGCCUCCUAGGCCUCCACAGAACCCUUUUAUACACAUACAGAACCAUCAACAUGCUAUUGGUCAAGAGCCAUUUCACCCACUGUCAUCUCGCACAGUAUCUUCUUCUUCGCUCCCCAGCCUAGAAGAGUAUGAGCCCAGAGGACCUGGUCGGCCCUUGUACCAAAGAAGAAUUUCAUCUAGCUCAGCCCAGCCUUGUGCAGAAGAGGCAAGUGCUUCCCAAGGCAGUCUGGCUCAGGGCAAAGAGCUGCAGGACCACAGCCGCCCGCCUGCUUUCAGCUUCCCAGCCCCUGAGUCCUGGGCCAACACCACCUCGUCUACCCCCUACCAGAACAUUCCGUGCAAUGGACCCAGCAGGACUGCUCAGCCCAGAGAGUUGAUAGCACCACCCAAGACUGUCAAACCCGUUGAAGAUCAGCUGAAGCCCGACAGCGCAGAGGUGUCCAGUUCCUUCAACUACACGGUGCUGCAGCACCUCGGCCAGUUCCCACCCCUCAUGCCCAACAAACAGAUCGCAGAGUCGGCCAACAGCAGCAGUCAGCAGAGCCCAGCAGGGAGCAAGCCCGCCAUGUCCUAUGCCAGUGCUUUGCGGGCCCCACCCAAGCCCAGGCCACCGCCUGAGCAGGCCAAGAAGGGCAGCGACCCGCUGUCCCUGUUCCAGGAGCUCAGCCUGGGCAGCAGCCCAGGCAGCAACGGCUUCUACUCCUACUUCAAGUGACCGCGCUCUCAGAGUGUUCAGUUCCUAUUUGUUAGUAGAGUUGAGGUGGCAGGCUCCUCUGUGCGCAGCUCUCUGCCUAACGUUGACCGUGCUCUCACUCAGACCCUUGCUGCUAGACCCGCGCCUAAGUUUAAAAGUAUAUCCCAUUAUUUUGCAUUUUUGAUGUGAGUCAGAACUUUGACAGCUUUUAUGUAGAAUAAAAAUAUUUUUAAAUUUG